CUCGGAGCUUAGCUUACUAUCAGCCCGGGUGCAGGGUCCAGGUCAGCGUCAGCCGCUACCACUACUACGGCGACGGAGAGUGAAGGGAGACGGGGAGCAGCAGCAGCGCAUGGUGGUGGUGGUAAAAGGACGGGGAUUGGACAGCGACGCUGAUCAUUUAUGCCGCCGUGUAAAUACCCACCACAAACAGCUAACUUCGCAGGUCGGCUUCCACAUCUUUCUCAUUCAUCUCCCCCCACACUGCUAGCUGCUGCAGCUCUCAAGCAAGCUAGCUCUGCUAGCUAGGGUUUACGCCGAUCGGGGUCCGGGGGCUGGCGGCCGGGGGCGGGCAAUCGAGUUCGGCGGCGGCGAGAUCUGCUUGCUGGUGGUCGCCGGCAUAGAGGAAGUUCCAGUUGAUUUGCGGGGAUUGCUGCCCAUUUCUUGAGAUCCCUGGCGGGAUAUUGUUCAGCUGGUCUCCAGUGGUGCGAUGGCGACGAGAGCCGUCGCGCUAAGACGAUGAUAAGCGGCGCCGGCAACCAGCAGGCGGCGGCGGACGAGGAGCUAGCCCGGAAGAACGCCGCCGUGGCGACGUCGCGGCAAUGGUCGGCGCAGACGGAGUCGCGCAUCGUGCGCGUCUCCCGCGUCUUCGGCGGCAAGGACCGCCACAGCAAGGUGAAGACCGUCAAGGGGCUCCGCGACCGCCGGGUGCGGCUCUCCGUGCCGACGGCGAUCCAGCUCUACGACCUGCAGGACCGCCUCGGCCUUAACCAGCCCAGCAAGGUCGUCGACUGGCUCCUCAACGCAGCGCGCCACGAGAUCGACAAGCUGCCACCGCUCCAGUUCCCGCCGCAGGACCACCACCUCAUGGUGGGGCACCUGGCGCCGCCCAUGCCGCUGGUGCACGAGGAGAAGUUCGUCGGCCACCACAUCGCCACGGCCGCGGCGCUCGCGAGCGACGGCGGGGCCAAGGUCGGCCAGGGCGGCGACGUCGACAUGGACUGGGGCGGAGCCGCCAGCCACCACAUGGGGAGGUUCCCCGCCGGCGGCUACCACCGGUUCAUGGGGCUGAACAGCGCCUUCGGCAUGGUCAGUAGCGCAAUGGCGCCGUAUAGCAACUACACCGCCGGAGAGGCACGGAAUAACAGCAACGUGCAUGACGGCGGCGGCGGCGGCUCGCCGCAGGUGGCGGCCGCUGCCGCGGCUCACCACUCGUCGUUCCCGUCGUUGCUGUCUUUGGCUCCAGGGCCGCAUCAGCUGGUGUUCUACUCCCCGGAAGCUGACCAGCAGUUCCAGGUGGAUAACCUUGGCUCGCAAAGCCUGUCCUUGAGCUCGGCGAGGGCUUACCACGAUCAGGCUAGCUAGACUACCGGAACGACAACUCUUCGAACGAGAUUAAGGUAGGAAUAAUGAUCUCUGAUCCCAAAGUCCCCGAGUAGGUACAAGUUUGGCAUUGGUUUCUAAGUGCCUUUUAAGGGACAAUUAAGCUUGUGAUGAUUUCGUAAUUAGUAUGAUGCUAGACCUGAAACAGAAUAAAAUCUGCGGGGCUUGCAGCGUACAUGUGUGUGCAAUACGAAUUUGUUACUUCUUUUAAUACACAAAGGAGUAAUAUUAGAUGUGUGCUGGCUUGUACAAUAACAGUAUGAAAAUUUAUAAUAUGUUUUUAAUUUAGACCUUUGAUUU